AUGGACAGCGGCAGCCUCAGCGAGACAGCCAAGCCCAAGAUAGUGAAACAGACACAGAGUCAGCACUUCACAUUGGUUGGUGCGAUCACUGCUACUGGCAAGGCUCUACCUGUAUAUGGUGUAUUGCAGUUCCCCUCGACAAAGAAGAUGGACUUCAAGUAUCAUGCAGACUUUGGACACAUUGAAUUCAAUAGCAGUGGAUAUAUGACCAAGGAGCUCAAGGCCAGGUUUAUAGAAUGGUUGUGCAGCUACUUUGACAGCAAGAAGCCAAAGCUACUACUCCUGGACAAUCACAUAUCCAAUUAUUUCUCCGAGGUGAUCGCUGUGGCCGAGAAGAACAACCUACACAUUCACUCGUUCCCAUCCAACCUUACUCACAUGAUCCAGCCCCUUGACUUGGUUAUUUUCUCCUCGUUUAGGCAGUGUCUCUCAGAUUUGCUACUCAAAGAGAUACAUGCCAAUCCAAAGUUCAAAGUCAAGCCCGAGCACUAUCUCUCACUGACCCAUUAUGCUUGGGACAAGAGUGCCUGUCAAUCCARUGUCAUGCAAGCAUGGGUAAAGUCUGGUCUGAUCGAAUGGUCCCUACCCAACCAAGAGACAAGCGAUUUGUGCCAAAGAAGCGUAAGAGGUCCUCCAAGGCCCUCGUUGCCCAGCAAUCCAAGGACCUGGCCAUCAUUGAUCCAGAGAAAU